AUGCUCAAGUUCUUCGGCGGGGUGUCGCAGCCGCAGGACCAGACCACGCCCAAGGCAUCCGACCAGCGCAACCCGUUCGACUUUCUCUCGCCGGCGUCGCGCAGGCCGUCGUCGCAGCAGACGCCAGCAGCAGCACAGGGCAGCAGGACCCCCGUCGGGCAGCGGGCGUCGAGCAGCCAGGGCCACAACUCGCCCACGGGCAGCAGCAGCCAGCCGCACAGCGCCCAGAGCCUCACGCCCCAGCCACCGACCCCGGGCGCGUCGACACCCGUGACGCCAGGAGGGACGAGGAGCCAGCCCACCACCGUCUUGCUCGAGGCGGUGUCGACGAACUCUUCUUUCCAAGAGCACGCGCAGAAACUGACGCAGCUCCCUUUGCUUUACUUCUGCUCCCCGUAUCGAUUCCAUCCGACCUUGGUCCCGUGCGACCCCUCUUGCGCCCAACCCACCCUCCUUCGCCUCGGCUCGUCUCGCUCCUUUCUCGCACCUUCCUCGCACCUCAUGCCCGACGUCUCUGCCAUGCGGAACGACACUCCUGCGACCGGUCCACCACGGCGCACUCGUCGUUCGGCGUUUACCGACACCUCGACUUGCACCCCCUCGUCGUCCUCGUCGGACUCGGCAUCCGCCUCGACGGCCACCUCGUCACCCAUGACCUCUCCCUCCGUCUCUGCGCGCUCACACUCGACCUCCCCGCCGCUUCCGCCCGUCUCGCCCCCUCCCUCCGCCUCGACAGCCAUCUCACGCACCGAACCCGACUUCUCCUUCAAGACCCAACCCUCGUCCCUGACACGCUCGAAACACCCCUCCCAAUCCGCCCCGCGCGGCAAACUCGUCGUCAAACUCAUCCAGGCGCGACACCUCUCGCCUCCGUCUUCCGCUUCGAGACCGUACGUCGUCGUCACCUUUGAUCAGAACGAGUUCGUCUCGCGCGAACCCGUCCAUGAGGAGGGCGAGGAUGCGAUCGGCGUCGCCAAGCCGAAACCCCCGACGUUGCUGGCGCUGCAGGAGCAGGGCAAGCCCGAGGGAUUGAGGCCGAGCAUGUUGCCUGCGACACCAGGGGGCGGUCCGAACCCCGGCGAGAAGGGGAAUGAGACCGCUCGAGUCGCCGAGGCAGGCUCGUCGGCGUCCUCCAAGGCGAUGGCGAUGCCGGUCGAGGGAACGCGCGCGCACGGAGGAGCGAUGAGCAAGUCGCCUUCUAGCAUGCUCGGGCGGUCACUGGAGGAAUACCGCAACGGCGCCGUCGCAGCUGGGACGUCGUCCGACCUCGGCGGGCGAGCGACGAGUCCGAGACCGUCGAGACCGGCGCUGUCGCCCGUCAACACGACUGUCUGGAGCCCGAAUGACGAUCCGACGACACCGACGGGCGCGCCGAGAGAAUUGCAGGGCGGGAUCCUCGGCGCCGCGGACGACCAGAUGGCUUACAACCCGACUUGGAAGCACGAGGUGACAUUCGACGUGAUGAACGAGAAGAGCGUCUUGCAGGUGCAGAUCUACGACCGCUCGAUCGAGGAGGAGAUGUUCCUCGGCGUGUGCGAGAUCCGGCCACGGCUCGUCAACAACCAUACCGUCGACCAGUGGUUCCCACUCGUCGCUCGACCAGGCGAGGAUCACGAAGUGACGGGCGAGAUUCGGAUACAGAUUCGCUACGAGAAGUUUGACUCGAAGAAGGGCCUGCAUCCGAACGACUUUGACUUCCUGCGGAUGAUCGGCAAGGGGACGUUCGGUCGCGUCUUCCAGGUGCGCAAGAAGGACACGAAGCGCAUCUACGCCAUGAAGGUCCUCUCGAAGCACGAGAUCAUCGCCAAGAAGGAAGUCGCGCACACGAUUGGCGAACGCAAGAUCCUCCAGCGCUCGUCCGACUCGCCCUUCCUCCUCGGCCUCAAGUUCUCGUUCCAGACCGAGACGAACCUCUACCUCGUCAUGGACUACAAGAGCGGCGGAGAGCUCUUUCACCACUUGCAGAAGGAGGGCAGGUUCACCGAAGACCGCGCGAGGUUCUACACCGCCGAGAUCGUCCUCGCCUUCGAGCACCUCCACAAGUUUGACAUUGUCUACCGCGACCUCAAGCCUGAAAACAUCCUCCUCGACGCGACGGGCCACAUCGUCCUCUGCGACUUUGGCCUCUCCAAACCCGACCUCCCUUCCGACGCCCUCACCAACACCUUCUGCGGCACGACCGAAUACCUCGCGCCCGAGGUCCUCCUCGACGACAACGGCUACUCGAAGAUCGUCGACUUUUGGUCGCUCGGCGUCUUGCUGUUCGAGAUGUGCUGCGGUUGGAGCCCGUUCUACGCCGAGGACACGCAGCAAAUGUACAAGCUCAUCUGCUUCGGCAAGGUCAAGUUCCCUCGAGGCGUCAUCGGCGAGGAUGGCAAGCAGUUCGUCAAGGGCCUCCUGAACCGCAACCCGAAGCACCGACUCGGCGCACAACGCGACGCCGCCGAGCUGAAGGAGCACCCGUUCUUCAAGUCGAUCGACUGGGACCUCCUCGCCCAGCGCGCGAUCCCGCCACCGUUCAAGCCGUACGUCGACUCGGACGAAUCGGUCGCCAACUUUGACCCCGAGUUCACCGAGGCCAACUUGUUCGACGAGGCGCCUCACGACGUCGAGUUCGACGACUCGGACCCGUCGGCGGAUUGGCUGGACCAUGCGAGCAAGAUUGGCAGGCGCGAGGUGGAGAAGGAUGGAGGGGCCGCGCCGGUCGAGAUUCGACAGCAGACGAGGUCGAGGCCGUCGGUGCAGCCGCUGACGAGCUCGGUGCAGGAGAACUUCCGCGGCUUCACCUUCUCCGGCGAGAACGAGUCGAUGCUUCACAACUCUGCGGCAUUCGGUCACUUGCGGUUAGACGACGACGACGCACAAGAGCGCAAUGGCGACGCGUCGCGAAGGUCGUCCGGCUCGCUGCGACGCUCGAAGGGAGGACACGACGACGACGAGUGGGAAGACGAGCGCUAG